AUGCCACACAACUUCGCAUACAAUGUUAGGGACGACUAUUCCGGCACCAACUUCGGACACAGUGAGAACUCCGACGGCAACACCGUCCAUGGCUCCUACAAUGUCGACCUUCCCGACGGACGCAAGCAGACGGUGAAAUAUGAAGCAGACCACCACAAGGGUUUCACUGCCAACGUGGAGUACUAUGGCGAGGCCCAGUACGCCUACCAGUCCGGUCCGGCAGUAACAUUCAAGCCCCAGCCAUCAUACCACCAGCCCCAGCCAUCCUACCAGCCUCAGCCAUCAUACAAGCCCCAGCCAUCAUACCCACCCCAGCCCCAGCCAUCAUACCCACCCCAGCCCCAGCCAUCAUACCACCACCCCCAGCCAUCAUACCCACCCCAGCGUAUGCCACACAACUUCGCAUACAAUGUUAGGGACGACUACUCCGGCACCAACUUCGGACACAGUGAGAACUCCGACGGCAACACCGUCCGUGGCUCCUACAAUGUCGACCUUCCCGACGGACGCAAGCAGACGGUGAAAUACGAAGCAGACCACCACAAGGGUUUCACUGCCAACGUGGAGUACUAUGGCGAGGCCCAGUACGCCCAUCAGUCCGGUCCGGCAGUAACAUUCAAGCCCCAGCCAUCAUACCACCAGCCCCAGCCAUCAUACCCGCCCCAGCCAUCAUACCCACCCCAGCCAACAUACCCGCCCCACCCAUCAUAUCCAUCCCAGCCAACAUACCCAUCCCAGCCAACAUACCCGCCCCAGCCAUCAUACCAGCAAUACAAAACCUUCCUUCUGGGACAGGUGACUGUGGUCCUGCUGAUGGCGGUGGUAGUGGCUGUGGCCGAACCCCCGCCUACCUAUGGUCGUCACCCUACUCAUUCACCAUAUAAGCAGCCGGGUAUGCCACACAACUUCGUAUACAAUGUUAGGGACGACUACUCCGGCACCAACUUCGGCCACAGUGAGAACUCCGACGGCAACACCGUCCGUGGCUCCUACAAUGUCGACCUUCCCGACGGACGCAAGCAAACGGUGGCGCUGGUGGUGGUGGUGAUGGCGGGAGUGGCUCUUGCACAAGCCUCGGACCACUACAGGCCCCCAUCUCCGGGUAUGCCACACGACUUCCAGUACAAUGUUAGGGACGACUACUCCGGCACCAACUUCGGCCACAGUGAGAACUCCGACGGCAACACCGUCCGUGGCUCCUACAAUGUCGAUCUUCCUGACGGACGCAAGCAGACGGUGCAAUACGAAGCGGACCACUACAAGGGCUACGUAGCCAACGUGGAGUAUAAAGGAGAAGCCCAGCACCCUCACGAAUACGGACCUCCCGUCACCUUUAAACCUCAGCCCUCAUACCCACACCAGCCCUCGUACACACCCAAGCCCGUGUAUCCACAGCCCUCAUACACACCUGAACCAGUGGCGCUGGUGGUGAUGGCGGGAGUGGCUCUUACACAAGCCUCAGACCACUACAGGCCCCCAUCUGUACAUUCCGGAUACAAACAGCCGGGUAUGCCACACGACUUCCAGUACAAUGUUAAGGACGACUACUCCGGCACCAACUUCGGCCACAGUGAGAACUCCGACGGCAACACCGUCCGUGGCUCCUACAAUGUCGAUCUUCCCGACGGACGCAAGCAGACGGUUCAAUACGAAGCGGACCACUACAAGGGCUACGUAGCCAACGUGGAGUAUAAAGGAGAAGCCCAGCACCCUCACGAAUACGGACCUCCCGUCACCUUUAAAGCUCAGCCCUCAUACCCACACCAGCCCUCGUACACACCCAAGCCCGUGUACCCACAGCCCUCAUACACACCUGAACCAGCAUACAAGCCACAACCUUCCUAUAACUAA